AUGGGAAAGGCUUCGGGAGCCAAGCGGCGCGCCAAGGGCGGCGGCGCGCCCGGCCCAGCCGCCAAGCGCUCCGCCGCGCCCAGCGACAAGGCGGAGCGCCGGGCGCGGCUGCUCGACAAGGCGGCCGCCAGCAAGAAGGCCGCGCUCGCGCAGGUGCGCGGCGUGGCGAAGAAGAAGGCCAGGCGUUCGGGGAAGACGGGCACGACGCUGCAGGACUUCGAGGCCAUGCUCGACGCCCUCGACGGCGCCGGGGCGGCGGCGACGAGCGCCGGCGGCACCGACGGACCCACGGGUGGUGCUGGUGCCGGCGCGGCGAAGGCGAAGGCGGAGGCGGCGGCGCGGCUGGGCACGAGCGUCGGGACGGCCCGGCGGCGCAAGCUGGUGACGCGGACGGAGGCUGCGCGGGCGAUGCAGGUCGUGGACCACCCCGCGUUCCAGAGAGACCCCCUGGGGACGAUAGCGGCGCACAUCGAGGCGACGGUGCCCAGGGCGCCGGCGCGGGAGGCGCCGCGCGGCGCGGACGAGCAGGCCAAGGCCAAGCGGCGGAAACGCAAGAAGCGGGCCAAGGCGACCGCGACGCUGCAGCUCGAGGCGCUCGCCCUGUGA